CGAAACCCAAACAAACAUCCACUGCCGAGGGUUUAUAGCUGCGAGGAAAGUUCCCUCUCGUUAGUGUUCCGGAGCUCUCACGCGUCUCUGCACCGCAGCUCACCGCAGGCCAGGAGACUGUGCGCGGCACCGCCAUGAGACACAGCAAGUUAGCCCGCUAGCACUUAGCAAACUGAUGAAUGUGUGCUGCUGCUGUUGAGGUAGCCAUUUUGAAACCGUGUUGUUCCAACGAAGCCAGGUCCAGUCUGUUCCUGUGCAGAUACCCAUGAUCCACAAACAGGGAAACUACAAACAGCACUGAACCAUCCUUUGUGAGGGAAUUCAAGAAGAAAAGGAAAGACCCACUUGACACAUGCGAUUUUUCAUUCUUCAUUUUCCCCCUAGAGAAAAACGAGUUGAUUGACCGGACUUGACUUUUUUUCCUUCUCCUUCAUUUUUUGGACAAGGUUAAUUGCUGUUUUGGACUGCUUUCAUCACAUGACACCAAGACCUUUUGGCUUGUGGAUGCUUUUUAUUUCGCUUGCACAUGAGCUUGCACAUCUAUGAAAUCUAAGCAACACCCUAUACCUGCGUCAGUCAACAAAUUACAGCACUAUAAAUGGGCAUCUUACAAAUGUGAUAUCAGACUAUAUAAAGAUAAAAUUGGCAUUAUAAUGUGUCAUUCAGCAGCACCUCUAUUUCACUAACACAAACUGAAAAUGACGGCAAUGUAAUAUAGGGUUUUGCUUUCUUCAUUGUCAUGUGACUUUGAACCUUUUUGAGCACUAUUUUCAUCACACUCAGACAGUCUUUUCACCAGUUUAAUGAGGUGAGCGGUGGAUUUCAGUGACGCCCAUUGCUUACAAGACUGUCUCUGAACACUCUUCUUUUCUGCAUGAGUUUAAGUAGACGUUAAAAUGAUUCGGUAGAAGGUGAGGCGGCAACAUACUGGCACACAGUGUGGCAGGACAGCGGCCAUCUCUUUCCCCCUCAUCUGGUGUCCAAGUCGAACUGCUACACAGACUGUUGUCCAAGUUCCAGGGCAGCCAACUCUCACAGACAGCGUCCUUAUAUUAAGAACAAGACCGUCUGACUUUUCCUCACCAUUGGGACAAAUCACCCAUCCGGUCAAUUCAUUUUGCCAAUCAGCAUAAAGUCCAUUUCGGAUUUAAGUUUUGCUCCUGACUGAUGAAUCAGUGAAAAAUUCAGUCUGCCUGUGGAUAAGAAGUUACCUGGACUGAAAAGUAACGCUCAAAAUUCAUCAGACCUGCAACAGGAGCUGCCUGAGAAUCUUCAAGAAGGAGAAUCGGUCGCCCAAAGGCCUCUGCACUUCCGCUCAAGCAUCUACUUCCUGCUCGGCCAGUUCUCUGGAUCAUCAUUCCUGCAACCUUUCGACCCAUUUACCCAGUGUUUCACCCUGGACGAAGGGAUUUGCCUCUGGGUAAAGGGGCUCUGCUGUCCUGACGAAGGUGGAGAGGGGCUUGUUGGUGUGCUGCUCCCCAUCUGUCAGUGCACACGCACUGUGAUCAGUGCCAACAGGCCUGAGGAACCGAGCCCAAUCGGACUGAGAGAGGAGGCAGAGGACUUCAGAGCAACAGACUCUGGGAUCCUGGCCAUGAGGUUUGAUGCCUCGAUCCACUGACCGGAAACACUGGACCUAAAUGGCGCAGCAUGACUUUGUCCCUGCCUGGCUUAACUUCUCCACGCCCCAGCCUGCCAAGUCCCCUGCUGCCAACCUUGACAAACAAGGUGAGCCCCACCACCACAGAGACGGCAGAACCUCUGUGAGCCGCCGCCGCCACAACUCUUCUGAUGGUUUCUUCAACAACGGCUCCCUGCGUCCUCCAGCAGGUGACGGAUGGCAGCAGCCCUCUCUGCUUCUGAGGCAUGACUCGGUGGACUCGGGGGUGGCCAAAGGAGGACAUGGUGGGCUGGCAGGGGGAUCGUGUUGGAAGGAAACCCCCAGCUGGCAUGGAGCCCCACGGGGUGCCCAGGACGGCCACCACCACCAGGGACGCCACCCCAAACGGGGAGCAGGCGACAGGGACAGGCAGGUGGGGCACCGGCAGCGCAACGGCAACUUCCAUCCCCGCAAGGGACCCUCAUACCCGGACAAGUUCCCCAAUGAGGAACGCAAAGACGGCAAGGACGAUAAGCUGAAGUUCGUGGAAGAGGACUUUCCUUCCCUCAACCCUGAAACAACUGGAAAGCCUGGGACUCCGAUGCGAGCGGUGGCUCCCCAUGCUGGAGUGUGGGAAAACCCUCCUAGUGGCAAACAGAUGGUUUCCAAAAUGCUGGUUAUCAAGAAAGCUUCCAAGGAGGACUCCAGCACAGCCUUCUCUGCGGGUUUUGCCACUGCCAGUGUCCUGUCAACCAACGGCAACAAAGCUCCCAUUGCAGGCUCCAGUGUCUACAAGAACCUGGUCCCGAAACCUGCCGUGGCCCCCACCAAAAGCACCCAGUGGAAAACCAGUGGUAGAGAGAUCACCAAGUCUGGCCUCCACAUGCCAGGCCGAGAUUCAGUCUUCACCAGCCCGGUCUCUGGAGCCAAACCCAGCACCCCCGUCAGUGCACCGCUGCACAACGCCCCAAAAGAGCACCCUUCCAGCACGACUCCUCCCAUAGACAUCGCCCCGUCGAGGCUGAAGCUGAUGCGGCGAGUUCCCGACCGCAAGAGCGAGUUCCUGCGAGCUCUGAAGGACGAGGGCACAGGAGAGCUGACGACGAGCAGCAGCCCGGGCACAUCAGGAGAGGGCGAAAGCAACACGCCAGAGCCAAAAGCCUACAGCGAAGAAGUCUGUCACGAGAACGGUCUGUCCUACUCCCUCAGCGACUCAGACACCGAACACCUGUCCAGCUCCCUGGAGGCAGAGCACAGGUUGCUGAAGGCCAUGGGCUGGCAGGAGUACCCAGAAAACGAUGACAACUUCCUGCCUCUGACAGAGGACGAGCUCAGAGAGUUCCAGACGAAAACGGAACAGCUGAAGAGGAACGGCAUGCAGAGGAACGGGCUUCUCCCGAGGCCGCGGGGUGUGACACUCCACUUCACCCCCUGGAGGAGUGUGGCGGAGGAGCACGUCGAGGAGGGCUCGGAGUCCGAAACCAGUAGCAGCAGCCAGACCUCUGACGACGACGACUGCAUCAAAUCCUAACGUGGCUUUAUGGAACAAAAAAAGAAAAACAACAACAACAAACACAAACAGCCAACACCACAUCCCAGCAAGCAGUUCCCCCUUUUCGUGUCUCAUCUUUGUUUUUAGAGCACCAUUUUGAAUUUCUUUCGUUUUGAUUUUUUUUUUUUGUUGUUGUUCUUGCACAAGGGAAAAACCAAUCAUAUCCCAGUGAAGGAGGAGAUUCCUGCUUCGCCAGACGUCGUUUUCCCUGCGUUUCCUCCUUCACUGCAGUCCCUGCCCUCUUUGACCCCCCCAACCCUCCCUUCUUCCUUUUUCUUCCUCGCUUUGUGGAACUGAAGUGUUCAUCAAGAAAAAGAAGGGCAAUGAAUGCACACUUGAUUCUGCUUCAAACAGACUAACUCAUUUCAUUGAUGAUGCUGAUGACACAUUAUUAAUGAUAUUAAUAAAAAUUGGUUCCUGACAAGCUGAUAUGUUUCAAUAUGAA